GAUUCCUGCACGGGAAACCACACCAGAUUAGCGGUGCUCUUCCUUCCCAAAACCCAGUUCCGCGGCCCCGGAGAGAGGCGGCGGCGACCAUGGCGGCCGAGGCGGAGCUGGCAUCGGGAGGUGAUGUGGUCGUCGUUCGCCUGCCUUCUAUCUCGGAGGAGGACCCUCUGCACCGUGACAAGAAGAGAAUUUUGGAGAGGGCGAACCUAUCCUGUCUAUUUCAAGUCCCAAUCUCAUCAUCCACUGCGGAUGCCUGCAGAUUACUUGAUAAGAUGAUCCAUGCUGCUAGGGUAGCUCAUAUGGAUGAGUUAGAGCUUUAUUUUGCUGGAGAUGAUGACUAUGGCCCGUUCUCUGCAAGGAAUGAACUUGAGUCUCUAAAUCUGCUGCUCAAAAUCAUGAACACAUUGCUUGUAACUGCCAGUGAUGGUGCCAAGGGAGUAUUGCAAGUACUAGAGGAUGAGAUAGUUGUUAGGCUGAGAUCUGUGGGACUGACAGACAAUAACCAAAUGGCAGUUCAAGAACAGAACCAGGAUACUGAAGAUUCUCUUCUUAAAUGGGGGGAGGAUCAAGGUGUUAAAAGUAAAUUGCAGAUAGCAUUUUUUCAAGGAGCUGGGAGAGGAAUGGUAGCUUCUGAAAACAUUGGUGUGGGUCAUAUUGCUCUUGAAAUUCCAGAGUCCCUCAUAAUAUCUGAGGAACUUCUCUGUCAGUCUGACAUGUUUCUUGCAUUGAAAGAUUUGAAUAGCAUCACCACUGAGACUAUGCUAUUGUUGUGGAGCAUGAGAGAGCGGCAUAAUCCAUCUUCAAACUUUAAGAUGUUCUUUGAGACACUUCCAUCAAAUUUUAAUACAGGCUUGAAUUUUGGAAUUGGUGCACUUGCUGCAUUAGAAGGUACCCUGCUUUUCGAUGAGCUAAUGCAAGCUAGGCAGCAUUUGCACCAACAGUAUGAUGAGUUAUUUCCAAUGCUAUGCACCAAGUUUCCUGAGAUAUUCACACAAGACAUAUACACGUGGGAUAAUUUUCUGUGGGCAUGUGAAUUAUGGUAUUCUAACAGUAUGAUGGUUGUUUUAAGUAGCGGGAAAUUAACAACAUGCUUGAUUCCUGUUGCUGGACUAUUGAACCACUCGGUGUAUCCGCACAUUCUUAACUAUGGUCGAGUGGAUCAAGCUACAAAGUCUUUGAAAUUUCCUUUAUCAAGACCUUGUAAAGCAGGGCAACAAUGUUUUCUAAGUUAUGGGAAACAUUCAGGGUCACAUCUUAUUACCUUCUAUGGUUUUCUACCAAGAGAAGACAACCCUUAUGAUGUUGUACCUUUAGAUCUUGAUAUGUCUGUUGAUGAGGAGGAUGGCACAGCCCAGUCUGUGAGUUCAAGUGUAACUGCUCAUAUGGUUCGUGGGACAUGGUUGUCCAGAUCUGGAGGACCUCCCACGUAUGGCCUGCCUCAGCGCUUGAUGUCCCAUCUUCGUACUGUUCUAAAUUGUGGCCACAACGAAUCUAUUCCAAAAGCUGAUAUCAAGGAAAAUGACAGGAUGGUGCUGGAAACACUCAUUACCAUAUUUUCUCCCAUGCUUGAAGGAUUAGGCGAGCCAGAUGACUACAACAGGGAGAGUGCUAGUUGGGACUUGAAGCUAGCAUUGGCUUACAAAGAUCUAAAGAGAAGGAUAAUUUCGUCCAUUGUCACGUCAUGUACCUCGGGCUUGGCACUGCUUGAUUCCUAGCUGGAGGUGCUUCAUUAAUUAAAUAAGCUGAGACCACACUGGAACUGAGAGUACAUUGGGAAUGCCUUUGGUGACAUGCGGAUGGUGAGGCUGUUGCACAUGGGUUAGUUGCAGCAACUAACCGCGAUUUGCUCUCGUGGAUUAGGAUCCAAGAACUGGCAUGCAGACACAUGACCCCUUACUGAAGAUGCUCCAACAUCAGAUAUUUGAUCUGACCGAUUGUGCGAAAUCCAGGCAUAAGUUUGUGCUGCUGUGGCUUGAGAUUUAAGUUAGUUCCUCCUGAUAAUUAAUGCAAACUUGCUUUUGGUGCAAGAAAGCUACUUUUGAGAUAAUUUAUUGCGAUGGAGUGAUGUCGCCGACCGAUAGGACUGACUUCUCCAUUUGUUUAUCAGAAGGGAGUAUUUUGCUGACCUGGAUCUGGGCUGAUCUAAAUUGGUUUCCUGCGUGGUCCAAUCACCAGACAGUUGGAUUUCCAGCUCUUGAAAAAAUAAGCUGCAUACUGGAGUUCUUCGAGGAAAGAAAAAUGGGGACCAAGCAAUUAUGCCAAAGCCAAAACAAUUAUCUGGAUGCAAUGUUUGUUCUUUGGUCAGAAAAGUAAAUGGCAAUGUUACCUCACUGCUUUUGCCUUUGUACUACCAUCCACUAGAGCAUGACACGGAUGGCACUUUCAGUGAUCUAGGUUUUUGUGUACACCACUACAAUAAAUCUGCAUAUCGUGCUUUCUCAGGUGGCCACAAGUUUACUACAUAUCGUACUCUUAAAUCUUUA